AUGAAAUCAAUGAAAUUACAUACAGCCAAUGGAAAAGUACCGACAGGACUGAAAUCGUUGAAGAAAAAAAGAAAAAAAGAAUAUUUUUUUAAUGAUUUAAGACAAAAAUGGCCUGAGUUAUUGAGACAUGAUUUUCUUGCAAGAUCUCAAGCAUCAUAUUUUACAGAAAAAAAGGAAUCUGUUGAAGAUGGAGAAUUUAUCGUCUGUCUUGAUUUUGCAGAAAAUUAUAGUUUAUUUGUACAAGAUGCAAUCCAAUCUCAUCAUUUGGAAUAA